AUCCAAUAAUGACGCUUCGGUGAGCGCAUGCGCAGUGCAGACCGGAGUAGAAACCCGGAAGAGUGUGGGAAGAUACUGAAAACAGACGCUGUAAUCUCCUCUCAAAACUAAUUUAAGGAGAUAAUUAUAAUCGUGCAUAACAUCUGGUGUAAUAUUAUACCUGACUCUGGUAUAGACAGGUUUUCAAUGAUAAUGGUGUCGAUAAUGCUACUGUAAGCUUAUUAUAACACUGCAAACAAACUGUUAGCUAGCAUCUGAGCAUAUUAACAGUCUAUGCUCCUGAGCAGCUAAAGAAGAAGAUGCCUGCUCGUAACGCUGUGAACAGCUUCCCUGAAAGCAAAGUGAGGUACUCCAGGCUUUCCUCUGAUGAUGACGGCUACAUUGAUUUACAGUUCAAAAAGAGCCCGCCCAAAGUCCCAUACAAAGCCAUUGCACUUGCCACAGUCCUCUUCUUAAUCGGCUCUCUGUUAAUCAUCAUCGGCUCCCUUCUCCUGGCGGGAUAUUUUGGAGUCACUCACUCAGACCGAACUGUGCCUGUCCUUAUCAUUGGGAUACUUGUCUUCCUGCCUGGGAUUUAUCACCUACGAAUAGCUUACUAUGCAUCAAGAGGCUACCGGGGCUACUCCUAUGAUGAUAUCCCAGACUUUGAUGACUGAUAGACCCCACAGCUUCAUCCAGAGUCUUCCUGUACUCGCAUAUACUCCUAAUAUUCUGCUUGUGCUAAUUUAAGUGCACUGAUUAUUGAAAGAAAAUAUGCUUGAUUAGAUUCUGUAAAUUACUUGCAUCUAAAUCUGAAUGAUUUUGAUGUUAUUGUCAUAGCUUUAUACUCUGAGGUAGAGGAUUCCAGCCUGCUGCUUGAAGUUAAAACAGAAUCCGACAUUGUUUGUAUAUUUGUUUUGCUAGCUUGAUAAAUUAAAAAAACUGUAAUUUGA